GAAGCUCCCUCAUUGCCCAAGCUUGCUAUGCCCUGCCUCCUUCUCUCGUUGGCUCCUCCCCCAUUCAAGGAGCAGAGCUUUGCUGCAGCUGUAGCCCGGCGAGGGGGAGACCGAGGCAGAGACAUCAGCAGCCAACGGGAAGGACCGCUGCUCCUUACUGAGGUGCUAUUGGUUGAAACCAAGUGGUCUAAACAGGGAGCAGUAUUUCAGCUUAUCCAUAACCCCAAAGAACAAUGCCGCCUCCAUCAGACAUUGUGAAGGUGGCUAUUGAAUGGCCAGGUGCUUUCCCCCGCCUAAUGGAAAUAGACCAGAAAAAGCCAUUAUCUUCAAUUAUUAAAGAAGUUUGCGAUGGAUGGAGUAUUUCAACCCAUGAAAACUAUGCACUUCAGCAUGCAGAUGGUUCUGGGUUUUAUAUCACAGAAAAGAACCGUAAUGAAAUUAAAAAUGGAGCCAUUCUAAGGCUAACAUCAUCUCCGGCCCAGAAUGCCCAACAGCUCCAUGAGAGGAUCCAGUCAUCGAGUAUGGAUGCUAAGCUAGAAGCACUGAAAGAUCUGGCCAAAUUCUCUAGAGAUGUCACUUUCGCUCAAGAAUUCAUAAAUCUGGAUGGUAUUUCCCUACUUACGCAGAUGGUGGAAAGUGGAACAGAACGGUAUCAGAAACUACAGAAGAUUAUGAAGCCCUGUUUUGGAGAUAUGCUGUCCUUUACAUUGACUGCAUUUGUGGAGCUUAUGGAUCAUGGUAUUGUGUCAUGGGACACUUUUUCUGUGGCUUUUAUUAAAAAAAUAGCCAGCUAUGUGAACAAAUCAGCAAUGGAUGUCUCCAUAUUGCAGCGGUCAUUAGCAAUUCUUGAGUCAAUGGUUCUGAACAGCCAUGAUCUUUAUCUAAAAGUUGCCCAGGAGAUUACUAUUGGGCAAUUAAUUCCUCAUCUUCAGGGGACAGAUAAAGAGAUUCAGACCUACACUAUUGCAGUAAUCAAUGCACUUUUCCUUAAAGCCCCAGAUGACAAACGACAGCGUUACAUAGCGAACAAUAUUGACAUCCUUGAUUUUCCUCUGAGUGAAAUGGCUAACAUAUUAGCCCAAAAGCAGCUCAGGUCUAUCAUCCUAACGCAUGUUAUCAGAGCACAUGGUCCCAUUAAUAAUGAGAUGGCACAUCAGCUGUACGUGUGGCAAGUACUGACUUUCAACUUGCUGGAAGACCGUAUGAUGACCAAGAUGGAUCCCCAAGAUCAGGCCCAAAGGGAUAUCAUAUUUGAACUUCGCAGAAUUGCAUUUGAUGUUGAACCAGAGCAAAACAACAUUGGAGGAAGUAUAGAAAAGAGAAAAUCAAUGUACACCAGGGACUAUAAAAAGCUUGGAUUCACGAAUAAUGUGAAUCCUGCCUUGGACUUUACACACACGCCACCAGGAAUGUUGGCUCUGGACAAUAUGCUUUAUUUUGCAAAGCAUCAUCAGGAUGCCUACAUUAGGAUUGUCUUGGAAAACAGCAGUCGGGAAGAUAAACAUGAAUGUCCAUUUGGCCGAAGCAGCAUUGAACUCACCAAGAUGCUUUGUGAAAUACUUAAAGUGGGAGAACUCCCCAGUGAAACAUGCAAUGAUUUCCACCCAAUGUUCUUCACACAUGACCGGUCAUUUGAGGAAUUCUUCUGUAUAUGUAUUCAGUUGUUAAACAAGACAUGGAAAGAGAUGAGAGCUACAUCUGAAGACUUCAAUAAGGUCAUGCAAGUUGUAAAGGAGCAAAUCAUGAGGGCUCUCACUAACAAGCCCAGUUCUCUGGACCAGUUCAAAUGUAGACUUCAAAACCUUAGCUACACUGAAAUACUGAAAAUACGUCAGUCAGAAAGAAUGAACCAGGAAGAUUUCCAGUCUCGCCCUAUUUUAGAGCUCAAAGAUAAAAUUCAACCAGAAAUCAUUGAACUCAUAAAACAGCAACGGCUAAACCGUCUUGUUGAAGGGACAUGCUUUAGAAAGCUCAAUAGCCGCAGAAGACAAGAUAAGUUUUGGUACUGCAGAUUGUCACCUAAUCACAAGGUUUUGCACUAUGGAGAUUUGGAGGAGAGCCCGCAGGGAGAAGUGCCACAUGACUCUCUGCAAGACAAAUUGCCCGUUGCAGAUAUUAAAGCAAUAGUGACUGGAAAAGACUGUCCUCAUAUGAAAGAGAAAGGAGCACUUAAACAGAACAAGGAGGUUCUCGAGUUGGCGUUCUCUAUAAUGUAUGAUUCCAACUGCCAGCUAAAUUUCAUCGCUCCAGACAAGCAUGAGUAUUGUAUCUGGACUGAUGGGUUGAAUGCUUUACUUGGGAAGGACAUGAUCAGUGAUCUUACACGAAAUGACAUGGACACCUUGCUAAGCAUGGAACUCAAGCUCCGUCUUUUAGACCUGGAAAAUAUACAAAUCCCUGAUGCCCCACCCCCAAUUCCAAAGGAACCCAGUAAUUAUGAUUUUGUUUACGACUGUAAUUGAAACCAUUCCACAACAAUCCUGAUCUCAACUGGAAUUAGAGUAAUUUGUGUAUAUAUGCCACAUUCCUUCCUAGAACGUCUUUCCUUCUCCUAAAGAGUGCGAUGACUUUGGUCAAGGCAGGAUGGACACAUGUUUUGGCCUUGAUUGUGGGUACAAGAGACCAGCAACUGCCAUAGGAAUUCCUGGAGCUUUCACAUGAUUUGUUCCUGAUACUUUAAAUGCAUUUUAUUUUGCAAGGACACUGUUCAAAUGAACAUGGUGCUCUGGAACCAUAAAGAGGAAAAGACUUUUUAAUUAAUGCUGCUGCUGCCUCUUGUUCUCUCCAGGGGUACAAGAACAGCAAAAUAAGGCUACUGAUAAUAAGAUAAACUGCUUUAAUGCUUUGCACUGUACCUUUUAUUGCCUGUACUUUCUCACUCACCUGAAAAUCAGAACCCCAGAAUCUCAAAUAGCACAUCUUGUUACAAAAAUGAUGUUUCUAUUUAAUACUAUUAUACUAAGAAAUACAUGAAGAAACAAUUACAGGAUAACAAUCCUGAUGAAUAAAUACAUAUCAAAUGCAGAGGCUAACUAAAUGUAAGGAAUAUGUUUAUAUAUCAAAUAGAUAUGGGGCUUAUUGACAUUUAAGAACAGGUUCAUGUUAUUUCAUUUGAAUGGUAAAGAUGAAAGCAAUGCUUAAAUAUGUUCAGACACUUUGCCCUCAAGCAAGCUAAAAGUAAGUAGUCCAAAUCUACAGUAUUAGAUGUCUUUAAUGGGAAAAAGAUAAGCACGUUUUCAGUACUGCUGCCUGUGUCUGUUAAACACUCCAUUCUGCAUUUAUUAGCAAUGUUUGAUUACACUAUAUGCAAAGAAGCAAAUGCCUAUGGGAAAGACUACUUGUAUUAUACAUAUUCCAUCACCAUAGGGGAAAUGGUUGGUUUGUUUGUGACAAGUUCUAGGAUGAUUUAGAUUUGAAAAAUAGGAGCAAGAGAUUGGCACUUCUUAAUUGUGACAAAACUGCAACACAAAUGGGAUAUAACCACAAUGCACAAAUGAUUUCCUAAAGCACCGAUCUGCAAAAGUAGGUCCAAGCCUGUAUCUGUAUUCUUCUCACUAUCACUAAUUGCUGUAGUACUGCCAACACAAGAUGGAGCUUUACAUUUGGUGGCUGAAUUGCCAUAUUUGCUUUGAUUUGUAAUGGGAGCCGCUGGAAACAUACUUUAAACCUGGAUUUAUAAUUCAGCAGAUAUAAAGUGGAUUUAAGUUAUGAAAUAAUACCUUAUUCUGUCACUGAGCAAUAUGCCACUGCAUGGAAAACACAACCAAGCUUCCUUGUUUUUAUAGCAACAUUGAAAUUCUAUAUUUUACAUUAUUUACCAUGUUGAUAUUUAUUUAAUAUAUUCUCAGAAGAACAGAUCAUAUGUCAUCCGAUGAUAUAGAAAGGAUGUACAUAUUUAUAUCAGUUCACAAUAAACAUUAUGUGCUUUUCUUCAUGUAUGUUGUGAGGAAUCUAAUUUGUGCUUUGUAAAGCAAUGCGAAUCUCAGUGAAAUUGGCAAUAUAUCUUAAAAGGGACUUAAAGUUUACCUAAGAUCUGUAUAAAAUUGCUCUUAUGAGCACUUUUGUGAUUUACUGUAUUUUUUUUUUUUUAUUUUAGCAGUUUUAUCUCCUUAAUAUCUGGCUGCUGGUGCAACACCUCUGUCUCAGAUCUGCUGUGUCAGUGGCUGUAGGGUUAAUUAAAUAUGUAGAUGGUUUCACCAGUUACACAAGGCUUUCCAUAUUUCUCUCUGUUCCCCUGCAUGCUUUAGGCUGAUGGCCCACUAAGCCCACAUUGAACGACUAACUGUUCCGAAAUGUCUUUCCACCAGCAACAAUAGGAGUCCCCAGUGGAAAGGCCUACACAUCGCUUUAGCUUUCCAAGUCGUGCAAAGUUUCCUUCUGCAGGCUAAUAUCUGAGCUUUUAUUUUAUUAGGUUUUUUUUUACUGUCUAGUGAAGAUUUUCACGGGUUCGUGUAUAUAUUUUAUCAGCUUUAUAUAGCUUAUUUGACUGUGCUGCUUGCACAGAGUUUACAAUGUCAUUAUUAUCAGGCUCUUUGGCCCUUAGUUUCUAUAUCCUAUUCCACAGACCUUGUUAGGUCAGAGUCAGCUAUAUUCAGAUAUAAUAGCAGCAGAAACAAGCACCAACUUUGUUUAUAGUAUGUGUAUCCCUGUAUUAAAUACAAUUUAGUAGGAAUAUGUCACUGUAUAGAUGUUCCAUCAAAUGGACUAACAUUUUUUUAUAUACCAUUUAUUACCUAUUAUGGAUCCUUAAUAUGUUUAAUACUAAUUAAUUUAAAAGGAAAUAAAUAAUAAAUAUAUGUUGUGCUUAGCCUACAA